AUGAGGAAGUCUGACCAGAACCAUCUGAUCAAAAACGCGCACAAAUCAGAAGAGGAAUUAGGGAUUGAAGGAAAGGACGACACCGUUUCCAGGGGAUUAGGGCAAUCCAACAAAUUGGGGAUUGUGAGUGAGAGCGACGUCGUCUUGAGGGAUGACGAGGAGAUGCAGGAAGGGCACGUGGCAAAAGCUGGGCUGCAGAAUGAAUUGGGGAUUUCGACUGAGGACGACGCCGUUUCGAGGGCAGAAGCAAGUUCAGCAGAAGGACACGUGGCGGGCGCCGAGGCAGGCGGUCUUGACCUUCACCUACCCAAAGCAUUCAUAAGUAAGGAAGAUUGCAUAACUGUUGCAAAAAAGGAGAUUGAAGCCCUUAAGCAUAAUCUUGCCAAUAUCUCUUCCAAUUCUGAUGAUAGUGCUCAAAAGCUGAAGGAAGAGUAUCUUCAAAAACUCAAUGUCCUUGAGACACAGGUUGCUGAAUUGAAGAAAAAACAAGAUGCUCAAGCUCAACUCCUAAGACAAAAACAGAAAAGUGAUGAAGCUGCAAGAAGACUGCAGGAUGAGAUCCAGAGGAUAAAGACACAAAAGGUUCAAUUACAACAAAAGAUAAAACAAGAAUCUGAGCAGUUCAGGCUAUGGAAAGCAUCUCGAGAAAAAGAAGUGCUUCAGCUAAAAAAAGAGGGAAGAAGAAAUGAAUAUGAGAUGCAUAAGCUGUUGGCACUCAACCAGAGGCAGAAGCUGGUAUUACAGCAGAAGACUGAAGAAGCUGCUAUGGCUACAAAACGACUUAAGGAGUUGUUAGAUUCUCGAAAAGCUUCACGUGAAACACCUGGUGGAGGAAUUAACAAAGGUCCUGGAAUUCAGGCACUAGUGCAGGCUAUUGAGCAUGAACUUGAGGUUACUGUAGGAGUACAUGAAGUACGGUCAGAGUAUGAGCGGCAAAUGAAAGAGAGGGCUAAAAUGGGUGAAGAAGUUGCAAGAUUGAAAGAGGAAGCGCUUAUAGGAAAGCAGCAGAACUUAAGUGAAUUUCCACAGUCGAUGUCUCCUGGUGCUAGAAAUUCGAGGAUUUUUGCUCUUGAGAAUAUGCUUGCCACUUCCUCAAGUACCCUUGUUUCCAUGGCAUCUCAAUUAUCAGAAGCAGAGGAGCGUGAACGAGCAUUUAGUGGUAGAGGGAGAUGGAACCAAGUUCGCUCUGUUGCUGGGGCCAAAAAUAUCAUGAACUUCCUCUUUAACCUGGCAGCAUCCUCCCGGUGCCAGCUAAGGGAUACAGAAGUUGACUGCAGACAGAAGGAUGCAGAAAUUAGAGAUUUGAAGGAGAAAGUAGUCAACUUGAUUAGACAAGUAGAGCUUCAAAAGUCCGAACUCAGCCGUCAGGAAAAUUUAGUGAAGUUGGCUUUGGAGAGACAUACCAAUGAAAUGAAUGAAGCCUAUGGAGCUUGUGUGAUGAACAACAGCGACGGGCAUUCUUAUGACUUACGAUCCAAGGUAUAUUAUGACAUAAUUUGUGUUGCAACUAAUAUUAACAGAUCUUAGUAUUGUUUUCUACUAACAUAGGUCCAUUUUGUAAACUUAUGAUGCCAUAUAUUUUGCAAAUGUAC